AUGAAGAGGCGAAAAUCCAGCAAGGAUCAAGACUUGAUAAGCAACCUACCUGACCACAUCAUUGGCUGCAUUCUUUCUUUUCUUUCUACUAAGAGUGCAGUUUCUACUUGUGUUUUAUCAAAGAGGUGGAUAAACCUCUGGAAAUUUGCCACCCGACUAAAUUUUGACGACAUGGACCAUUCUUCGAACAAGAUAAGAAAAAAAUGCUUUGUAGACUUUGUCGAUAGGGUACUUAUUGAUCUGAAUAGUGCGCAGAUCGGAAGUUUUUCUCUUUCAAUGUUAGAGAAAUAUAAUUCUUCUUAUAUUGAAAAGUGGAUAUCUUUGGUUAUAAAUCUGAGAGUCAAAAAUCUUUGCGUCUAUUUGCAGGAAAAAAUAUUUGCGUCCUUUGAUGCCCUUUUUAAAUGCCAGUCCUUAGCGGAAUUGGUUCUGAAUGGAUGUGCCUUCAGACUUCCUAGCAUUGUUUGUCUUUCAUCCCUUACAAUCCUGAAGUUGUCUAGAAUCAAUAUUUUUUGCGACUAUUCUAAAAAAUUCAAAACUUUGGCACUUAAUUUCCCAGCUCUUAGACAUUAUGAGACAUUAGAUUGCACUUUUUCACAUGUGAAGAGUGUCAAUUUACAAGUGCCUCUUGAAGUUGUUUCAAUAAGAUAUUCUCGCUUCUAUCACACUUUGCAUGCUGAAAUUAAGUUUUAUACUAUGCGCCCUGCAAAAUUUUGUUAUUCUGGCUAUAUGUCAGAUACAAUUUUGUUAGAGGCACAUAGUGUAGGAUUUGCUGAUAUUGCUUUAUAUGAUGAUCACGAGAAUAGUCUUAAAAAAAUUGGGAUUUUUGUUACUAAACUUCUCUGCAUUAAUCCAGAAACUCUAAAGCUGCAGAUGCAUAGUUGUAGUUCCCAGCCUGUCAUGUUUGCAGGAAUGAGCCAUUCUUUUGCAGAUAUUCCUCCAUUUGGAAUGUUGCGUCAUUUGGAACUAAACUCUGUUGGCUGCGAAUAUUUGAGAGGCAUACUCUUAAAUUCGCCAUGUCUGAAGACUCUAAUUUUACAGGAGAUAUGUGACGAUGGAAUGAUGCUGAGUUCUGCUGCAAUUGUGCCUCAUUGUUUGCUAUCUACUCUUAAAGUGCUCAAGUUUGAGAAAUUUGGUCGCUACAAGCAUGGAUUAAGUAUUGCCAAAUUCUUCAUAGAAAAUGGUCAGGUAUUGGAGAGGAUUAGUAUUCGCUGUGACCGGAUGUUUCAAGAAGAGAUACUUUCAUUUAAGAAAAGUUCUUGUCAGCUGUUAUAGAAAUUUUACCUGAGAGACUUUUUUUAUAGAAAAUAAGAAUAUCAUCUUUUUCUGGUUCAUAUUUUAUCAAUAAAUUUUAUUUAGAGAAUGCUACAUGCAGUUUUUAGUGAGUUAUAUAUGAAAGUGAGUCUAAAACUUAAAUAUCAAAUGAGCUACUUAAUUUGAAUCAU